GUCUAUGGUGUGGACAUAUCGCUGGUUUACAGAGCGUAAAAACUGGUUCAGUUUUUUUUAUAGCAGUUUUGGACUGUGUCCAGUUAAGCAAGAAAGAACGAACGAACGCAGGAAAUGCAGGAAAUACGACAAUUGAAACGCGGGAAUAGCAGAAAUUGAAAGAAGUGCGAAAAAGUGCGGACUGUCCGCUACUGCGCAUGCUUCGUAACACAUCGGACAGCCAUCUUCUCAUUCCUUCGUUUUCACUUUCUCGACUUCUUUCAAUUCCAAUUAUUUCCGCAUUUCCUGCAUUUUCUGCGUUGGUUUGUUCCCUCUUUUGAAGAAAAAGAUGGAGGGUAUGUAACAAGCAUGCGAUGUAAACAUAACCCUUGCGAGAGAGCGUUCUGUAAGGUGCGGUUUGUCGAAAAGAUGAAAGACAAAAUCUCAUCUAAGAACAAGAGGUAAAGAAAAGAUUUUGAGAAAAAGAAAAAGAGUUAAUAAAAAAACGAAUACGCUAAGAAGUACACACGGAUGUGUCGAGAAAUGUAAAUAUCAAAUUUUGAAAGAAACCGCGUUGUUCGCGAGAUGAAUACCUAACCUAACCUAACCUCAAGUUAACGCAAAGUUUCUUUUCGAAAAUUUUGUUUCGGUAGAUUGUCAAGAGAGAUCAUUUUAUUUCUCUCAACAUGUUAUUUGCCAUCGAAAGAUAUGCCAUACGCGCUGGUUCGCGAUGUGCACGUCGAUUUUUCUCAAAGAACGUUGACGUUCUAACAAAGGACAAACAAGAAUUCGUGCUGCAACCCGAAAGCAAUUUCACGUCGAUACGACGGGAAGGUCAAAAAGUUUUGAAAAUUGCUGUUCUAGGCGCUCCGAACGUUGGGAAAAGCACACUUGUUAAUCAACUUAUCAAGAGAUCGAUAUGUCCUGUAUCGUCCAAGGUACAUACCACACAAGCCAAAGCACACGCAGUUUAUUGCGAGAAUGAUACUCAGCUGGUAUUUAUAGAUACGCCUGGUAUGGUUUCACCAGCGGAGUGUAAACGUUACAAUUUGGGAAAUAGCUUUGUAAGAGAUUCGCAACUCUCUUUAAAAGUAGCGGAUAUCAUAGGAAUUGUACAAGACGCACAUAACGUAUUCACGAGAGAUAAAAUCGAUCCGAAUGUGUCGAAUCUAUUGACCGAAGAUAUAAGAAACACCAUACCUAUGAUUCUAAUCUUUAACAAAGUGGACAAGGUGAAGAAGAAAGACAUAUUGUUACAUCUUGUCAAUGUUCUAACGAAGAGUAAGAAUUCUCUGAAUUUCGCUGACAUUUUUAUGAUAUCAGCAAUGACCGGAGAUGGCAUCGAUGAUUUGAGAACUUACUUAUUGGACUCUGCAAAACCUGGAGAUUGGUAUUACGACAAACACAUAUAUAGUGAUAACACGUGUGAGGAUAUAAUACAGCAGACUGUGCGCGCCAAAUUGCUAGAUAAUCUACCGGAUGAGAUUCCUUACAACUUGAAAGUUAAGUUGGAACAUUUCGAUCCCGGACCCGACGACAGCAUUAGCGCACUGGUAUCCGUUACGUGUCCGAAGAAACGUAUUGUUAACCUCAUUUUAAGGAGCAAAGGCAGAAGAUUGAAAAAUAUCGCUGUUAAAGCGGAAGAGGAAUUGAGACACGCGUUUCGGACGCCAGUAAGAUUGAGGAUAUCCGUGCAGUUAGCCCAAUAAUUUAUAUGUGUAUCAAAUAAAAUUAUAUAUUUAUAUUAUGUUAUAUUAAUACGCAUCAUACAAUUUGGAAACGAGUUUUGCUUAAUAACAAAGCGAAGCUGGAGCAAGAUUUAUUUUUUAGAUAAA